AUGGAUCAUAGUAUGGACAAUCUCAAAUCGUUGAGUCCUUUUGAACUCAAAGAUGUGCUCAUCAAAACGGCUGAAGGAAGUGCAGCAGUUUCUCGACCAGCAAAUACAUCAAUGUUGAAUGCAGGCCGUGGCAAUCCUAAUUUUCUAGCCACGGUGCCACGAUAUGGUUUCUUCCAAUUAGGCUUGUUUGCUAUGCGUGAAUCCGAGCGUUCGUUCGCCUAUUUACCAGAGGGUGUAGGUGGUUUUCCAAAGCGUGAACAAAUCGAAGAACGCUUUGAAAUUUUUGCUCGUGACAAUAAAAAUGUCGAUGGUAUUUCGUUUCUUCGUGGUGCUGUCUCCUUCGUACGUGAUCAACUUGGUCUUGAUGCAUCUGAUUUUCUUUAUGAAAUGUGUGAAGGUAUACUCGGCAGCAACUAUCCUGUACCAGAUCGAAUGCUUUCACUUUCUGAAGAGAUCGUCGCUCACUAUAUACGACACGAAAUGAUUGGUGAACAUCCUUAUAUUGAUGAAUUCGAUUUAUUUGCGGUGGAAGGUGGUACAGCCGCCAUGACUUAUAUCUUCAAUUCAUUACGAGCGAAUUAUCUACUUGAACAUGGCGAUACAAUUGCACUUGGUGCGCCUAUCUUUACACCUUAUUUGGAAAUUCCACAUAUGAGUGACUAUCAAUUUAAAGUGGUAAAUAUCAAUGCUGAUAAGAAUCUAAAAUGGCAGUAUCCUAAAGAAGAACUUGACAAGCUGCGAGAUCCUAAGGUCAAAGCUUUCUUUCUUGUCAAUCCUGCCAAUCCAGCAUCGGUGAAACUUGACAAUGAAAGUCUCGCUUAUAUCUCAUCUAUCGUAGCCGAACGACCCGAUUUAAUCAUUCUUACCGAUGAUGUUUACGGUACAUUUGCUGAUCAGUUUGUUUCGAUUUUCGCUACUUGUCCCAAGAACACCAUUCUAGUUUACUCGUACUCUAAAUAUUUUGGUGCGACAGGAUGGCGUCUUGGUGUUAUUGGUAUACAUCGGGAUAACAUCCUCGAUGCUCAGAUUGCUAAAUUGGAUGAACAAAAACGAACGGCACUUCACGCACGCUACGCAUCAAUUGCACCUGAGCCUAGUUCACUCAAGUUUAUUGAUCGGCUAGUAGCGGACAGUCGUUCCGUUGCAUUAAACCAUACAGCAGGAUUGUCUACUCCACAACAGGUACAGAUGGUACUUUUCUCUCUUUUUGCACUCAUGGACACAGCUGAUUCGUACAAGACAGUGCUCAAACGACUCAUUCGACAUCGAAAACGUGCUCUCUAUCGUGCAAUAGGUAUCGGUUUCGGUGAUGCUGAGGACGAUAUUAAUUCUGUCGAUUACUAUGCUAUUCUUGAUCUUGAAUUACUUGGUGAACGUAUUCAUGGACGUAAAUUUGCAGAUUGGUUGAUUACUCACGCAGAUAUGACUGCACUUUUGAUGCGACUUGCACAUGAAGCACAUGUUGUGCUAUUACCUGGUCGUGGUUUUGGUAUUCAACAUCCGUCUGGUCGAGUAUCACUUGCAAAUUUGAACGAAGCUGAUUAUAAACGCAUUGGUAAAGCUAAUAACAAUACCAAUCAUCAAACUAUGUUUCGAUUACUUCUUGUGUAUUUUCUCAUCAUAGGAUGUCAAUAUAUUGGCAGUAGUUUUGCUAGGGAAAGUGUUGGAUGCAGUGCUGAAGAUAAUCAAUUAAGAGCUACAGUUUCAUCAUUCAAAAAGAUUAUCGAUGUCGGUUCUUCUUACAUGCAUAAUCGUGGUAAUUCUCGUUCGAUUCGUGUGGAUGGUGCUUAUUCUACUAUCUAUCUCGCUGGUGUAACUUCUACCAGGAGUCUUUCUACCAAUGCUUCUCUACUCGGCGAUUUUGACGGACAAGUACGAAAUGUCUUUGCUCGUAUCAAUCAAACAUUAGUGGAACAAUAUUGUAGUGAAUUACAUGAUCUAGUAUCAACGACUGCGUUUAUUACUAAUGGAAAUUUUAGCAAACGAUAUGCAGAACUCAGAAAGGAAAUAUUCAAUGGACGUGAUUUUCCAGCAAGCGCACUAAUUACGAUCACAUCUUUGGCUAAUGAAGAAAUGCUAGUCGAAGUACAAGCAAUAGCAAUAAUACCAACGAGAAAUAAAGAACAGAUUAUUCGUUAAACGGUAACGUCUCUGCUUGCAAGUGGAUAUUCAUUCAUUAAAUGUCCAGAAGAUGCCAUUAAAUAUCUUUUUUCUAAAACUCCUUAUUAUCUAAGACGCAAAUUUAAUCGUAAAAAGAUUCGUCAUGAAGUAACUUCGGAAGAACUUGAUUUUGCUGCUGAAUUUGGACGAUUUUCUCAACGACCUAGCGAUCUUUUUCUUAAACUAUUUUUCAAUGUAAUCUGUACACUUGAAUAUGAUUCAUUAGCUGGUCGCGUAUCACCAGCAUUAAUUGGUUCGACAGGAGUAAUUCCUCUAACAAUCAUUUCUACUAUACCCGAUAUUAUGCAACACUAUUAUGAUGUAAUUGUUCAUGCUCAAAAAGAAGUUUUAUUUGCUACGAUGUAUUGGCAAAAAAGUGAAAGUGCAAAUACGAUUGGUAAAGCAUUUCGAGAUUUAAGUCAACGUGCUGGUGAUGAAAAUCGUCAUGUUAUUAUUAAACUUAUUAUGGAUCAUCCAAAAUUAACAAAUGCACUUCCUUUUCAUUCCAUUAUUCCAUCAAGUAAAUGGACUGAUUUUAAUCUUCCAAGUCCAGAAGAAAUUCCAAAUAUUUCAUUAGAAAUUCAAAAUUUUCAUCGUGCUAUUAUGGGUACAUUUCAUGUAAAAUUCUUAGUUGUCGAUCGAAAACUUGUACUUUUAAAUAGUAAUAAUAUUCAAGAUCGACCCAAUCUUGAAAUGAUGUCACAAUAUGAAGGUGAAAUUGUUAAUUCGUUUUAUGAUACAUUUCUUAUUUCCUGGUCACUUCCUUUUCAACCGAAUCUUGUCUGUUUAAAUGAUAAUCCGAAUAUUACAAUCGUAGAAGAACCGAUAUAUGAAACCACAUCUAUAGAUGAAUCACUACUUCAACAACAUCUCGAAGAAGAAUCAGAUCAUACCGGCGAUGCUGUAGUCGAUAAUAAGGUAAAUCCACGAUCACAAUUUGAUCUUACAGAACAUUUAAAUAACACUGCGAAAUCUGCUCAUUCCGCUAAAGCUGAUAAAAGUAUCUCUGCUAAAGAAAUGGAAAUAUUAUCGUUGGAAUACAAUCCAAUUCUCUCUCAUUGUCCACAAGAGCCAUUCCCCAUAGCUUUAGUGAGUCGUUUACCGCAGGGUAUACCUAGUAUCAGAAAUACAAACAAUCCACAAGAUGCAGCAUGGAUGAGUGCAUUUCAAUAUGCUCAAAAAUCGAUUUUUAUUCAAUCUCCAACAUUAAAUGCUCCACCAGCUAUUAAUGGCAUUGUUGCUGCAUGCCGGCGUGGAAUUAAAGUUACAUUAUGGCUUAAUCUGGGUUUUAACGAUUCAAAAGAAGGUCGUGGAACAUUUCAAGGAGGAACCAAUGAAUGUGUCGUGAAAAAAUUGUACAAAAGAUUACGAAAAACGAACGAUGGAAUAGAGAAAAAUCUUGAAACAUUCUGGUACACUGCAAAAGAUCAGAUACGUCCUCUUCAUUUUUUACAAAGAAAACGUAAUUGUCAUAUUAAAUUUAUGUCAAUCGAUGGUCAAGUUGCCAUUAUGGGUAAUGCUAAUAUGGAUAGUUUAUCAUGGUUUCAUUCACAAGAAGCUAAUACAAUGAUUGAUUCACCCGUGAUCGUCAAAGAAUGGAUGGAUGCUCUGUAUAGAAAUCAAUCGACCAAUGCUUACGGUAGAUUGGAUAUCGAUGGAAUAUGGCGCGAUGCUCAUGGAAAACUGAAUCCUAAAAAUGGAAAAUAA